AUGCCUCCAGCCAUACAGAAACCAACACUGUGGGGACCAGGGUCUGAUUUUUAUGUUGAUACAGGAAGAUUGUUUACUUUAUCAAGGGACACAGCACCAUUAUGCAAUAUGAAACCAGCCAACUGCUUUUAUGUGCGGUUUCCUGUAGGAAGUAUCGCCAUUGUUUUGUUUUCACUUUCUUGUAGUCUAACCCUUUUAAUGUCUUUACCUCAAGUUGCUUGGCAGCACAAGUAUCUUUGCAAAAAAAAAAAAAAAAAAAGAAAGAAAGAAAAGGUAAAUAAUGAUUUUUUAAAAAACACACCUACAUGA